AUUUUAAUCGAAAAAAUAAGUUGCUUGUUUCUAUUCACUAUAGACCUAAAGCUAGCUGGUCUUACCCUUUUCCUUUCCCUUUAAUUUCCCCCAUUUUUUCAUUCACCAGAGACGAUGUUGAACUCAAAUGGUUUCUUACCUAGGCAAUAUUUGCAACUUUUUGUUCUAUUGCUUUCAGCUGGCAUUGCAAUGUCAGGCUCAGUUGUCAAGACUCUACCGGGUUAUUCCGGUGAUCUCCCAUUUACACUUGAAACUGGAUAUAUUGGGGUUGGGAACACCGAAGAUGUGCAGCUAUUUUACUAUUUUGUUGAGUCUCAGAGGAGUCCAGCACAAGACCCUGUUGUGCUCUGGCUUACCGGAGGCCCUGGCUGUUCUACUCUCUUGGCAUUCUUUUAUGAGAGUGGUCCUUUGGGUUUCACUUACUCUGAUUACAAUGGGAGCUUACCUUCCCUUCAUUUGAACCCAUACACGUGGACAAAGGGCCUCAACAUAAUAUAUGUGGAUGCACCGGUUGGCACAGGAUUUUCUUAUUCAAACACCUCAGAAGGCUACGCCAGUGGGGACGUAAAAUCAGCAGUACUCACCUAUGAGUUUCUAAGAAAGUGGAUGCUGGAGCACCCACAGUUCAAGACAAAUCAACUCUAUAUAGGUGGAGAUUCGUAUUCAGGCAUAACUGUUCCUUUGGUUGUUAUGGAAAUAUUACAGGGCAAUGAAAUUGAAGGCAUUCCACGCAUGAAUCUGAAAGGUUAUGUGCUUGGGAACCCAAAAACAGAUACUUACCUUGAUACUAAUUCAAGAAUUUCCUUUGCUUACCACCUAGGUCUUAUUCCAAAUGAUCUCUAUGAGAAUGUUAAAACAAGCUGCAAUGGCGAUUUUGUGAAUGUGGAUUCAAGCAAUGAACAAUGUGAAUAUGCUCUUCUAAUCAUCAAAGAGUUAAUCCUUGAAAUAAAUCUUCAACACGUUUUGGAACCUUCAUGCUCAAUGACAUCCCGGAAAUCAAAUUUGGAAAGAAGAUCACUAAGAAAACAGUCCAAAGAUCUUCUCCUUUCACAGCCAAAAGGUUCUGCAUAUUGGUGUCGGAAUUAUCGACAUGUUCUUUCUGGCAUCUGGGCAAACGAUAAGACUGUCCAAGAAGCUCUUCAUAUUCGAGAGGGAACAAAGGACCAAUGGAAGAUGUGCAACAGCAGUUUGUCUUACACUCAGGAGUUCUCAAGUGUUAUUGCUUAUCACCAAAAGUUUACUCAAGCAGAAUUAAGAGCUUUGAUAUACAGUGGUGAUCAUGACAUGUCUAUUCCACACAUUGGCACACGAGAAUGGAUAAGAUCUUUUAAUAUGACUCUAAUGGAUGCAUGGCGAGCCUGGUUUGUUGAUGCUCAAGUUGCAGGAUACACCGAGGAGUAUUCAGAAAAUGACUAUGUUCUAACAUUUGCAACCAUAAAGGGAGGGGGUCACAUAGCUGCAGAAUACAAGCAGAAGGAGUGUGCUGCCAUGCUUGAUAGAUGGCUCGCCUAUUACCCUUUAUAGUUACUUGGGAGUUGCACCAUGGAGCUAUUUGAUAAUUAUUUAUAGAUAACUUUUAUUCAGUUCUACUUAGUAUUAGAACAUGAGAAUAAAUUCACUAAGGAUCUGGUGUCUAAGAUCCAACAAGCCUAAUGUGGUGUCAGUCCGGUCCAAAAACUUUCCUUGAAGAUCAGAACAAAAGUCCAUUAUUUUAAAAUGUUUUUUUAUUAUUAUUAAUAAAGUCAAAUAGUCUUUAUUUAGUGUCUCCUAGGAUAAAUCAGACUUUAUGUUUUAUUUUUCCUAGGCAGACAAAUACUUUAUUGUGUUUCUAAGUUCUUAGGCAAACAAGGACUUUGGUCAAAUUAAGUAAAUGUAUUUAUUAUUAUUUUCGUUUUCCUAUACUUGGGGGCUGUUCCAAGCUAUAUUUAAGCCUUUUGGCUGAAUUAAAUAAAAAUUAGUGAAUUUGUAGAUUAAAAACCUAGGGUUUUUUAGAAGAUAAAUUUUUCUAAAUUAUCUCUUAUCCCUUGGAUGGAUUCUUUUGGGUGGCGAGUAUCAGUUUUUGUAUCUCUUGGGUGGUGUUAAUCUGUAUCCCAUAGAGUGGAGAACCAAAAUAAUUCUGUAUCCUUAGUUAAAUUCUUUUGGGUGGUGUUAUUUGUUUC